AUGAAAAAGUUUGAGGUAAGAAUUAAUUUGACCGUGUUCAUAGUUCAGAUGUUAACGAUAGGCAGCGGCUCAAAGAAGCGACUCACAGAAGCUCAUCAACAUAAAUAUCUUUUCUGGGAUACGCAGCCAGUACCCAAAAUAAAUGAAUCGGUCACCGAGAAUACAUUCAUUGAGCCACCGAUAAAUGUAUCAGAGGUUCGUUCCGAGCCGUUCAGUCUUCCGGAAGCGUUCCGUUGGUGUGAAGUGGACAUCAUGGAUGAGGACGAGUUGAAACAACUCUACACACUGUUAACCGAGAAUUAUGUUGAAGACGAUGAUAACAUGUUCCGAUUUGAUUAUAGCCCUGCGUUUCUCAGAUGGGCUUUACAAGCACCAGGUUGGAUGAAGAAGUGGCACUGUGGUGUGCGUGCCAAAUCGAACGGCAAAUUAUUGGCGUUCAUUUCGGCAAUUCCAUCCAAUAUAAGAGUUUAUGAUAAGGUGGUACGUAUGGUUGAAAUAAACUUCUUAUGUGUGCACAAAAAGUUAAGAUCGAAACGUGUAGCGCCAGUGUUGAUUCGCGAAAUCACACGUCGCGUGAAUCAAGAAGGAAUAUUCCAAGCUGCUUUCACUGCUGGAGUCGUCUUGCCAAAACCAAUUGCCAUUUGCCGUUACUGGCAUCGUUCAUUGAAUCCGAAGAAAUUAAUUGAAGUAAAGUUUUCGCAUUUAUCGCGGAAGAUGACCAUGCAAAGAACACUGAAACUUUACAAAUUGCCCGAGACUCCAAAAACGAGCGGUUUGGUACCAAUGGAGAAAAAAGACGUGAGCAGCGCUUUCGAAUUAUUAUCACAGUAUUUGACACGCUUCUGUCUCGUACCAGCGUUCACUUGCGAAGAAUUUGAAUAUUUUUUCACUCCUCGACCAGAUGUCGUUUACACUUACGUUGUCAGGGGUGAUCAAGGUCGUGUGACUGAUUUGAUAAGUUUUUACUCACUGCCGUCUUCGGUGAUGCAUCAUCCACAGUAUAAGUCAAUAAGGGCUGCCUAUUCAUUCUACAACGUCGCCACAUCAGUAUCGUUGAAGCAGCUGAUGAACGAUGCACUCAUCAUUGCACACAGUGAUGGAUUCGAUGUGUUCAAUGCACUUGAUCUUAUGCAAAACAAAGAAUUCUUGGAAGAGUUGAAAUUCGGAAUCGGUGACGGUAAUCUACAAUAUUAUCUCUACAAUUGGAAGUGCCCUGACAUGACACCCGAGCAGAUCGGACUCGUUCUUCAGUGA